AUGUCCUCGACCAAACUCUUCAAGCCCAUAGAAGUGGGGAAUCUCUCCUUGAAACAUCGCGUCGUUCUUGCGCCCUUGACGCGUAUGAGAUGCGACGAUCAGCAUGUCCCUCAGCUCCCUGUUAUGCGGGAAUAUUACUCGCAAAGAUCGAGGAGUCCUGGUACGCUCCUUAUCGCUGAGGGCACCCUAGUAGACCCGAAGGCGGGAGGAUAUCCCAAUGUCCCUGGCAUAUGGAAUGACAAGCAAGCUGCCGCUUGGAAGGAAAUCACAUAUGCGGUUCACAAAAAUGGCAGUUAUAUCUUCCUACAACUGUGGACUGCAGGCCGAGAUGCAGAUCCCAAACUCCUUGCUGCCGAGGAUCCAUCAUACACUCCAAUUGCACCGUCUGCAAUACCGAUGGAAGGGCAUGACGUCCCUCGCGCUCUGGAAGUCGACGAAAUCAAAUCGCUAAUACAGUCAUACGUGAGAGCCGCCUCGAAUGCAAUAAACAAAGCAGGCUUUGACGGAGUCGAAAUUCACAUGGCCAACGGAUACUUGCUUAACCAGUUUCUGGAAGACGUGUCCAACAACCGUACAGACGAAUACGGGGGAAGCAUUGAAAAUCGAGCAAGACUAGGAUUGGAAAUAAUUGAGGCCGUAACGAAGGAAGUUGGGCAAGAGAAAGUAGGGGUGAGGUUCAGUCCAUGGAGCACUUUUCAAGACAUGAGAAUGCAAGAUCCGAUCCCGACCUACUCAUACAUAGUCAAAAACAUCAAAACGCUGUAUCCCGACUUCGCCUACGUCUCCGUAUGUGAGCCACGAGUUGAGGGCAGCACUACACGGGAUACACCCAUUACAUCGACCGAUUCCAACGACUUUAUCCGUGAUAUAUGGACACCGAAGCCGCUUAUCGUCGCUGGAGGAUUCGACCGCGCGACGGCGAUUGAAAGGGCUGAUUCAACAGGGGAUUUGAUAGCUUUCGGAAGAAGAUACAUUUCGAAUCCUGACCUUCCCAGACGAUUAUUCAAAAAUUUGCCGUUGACGCCAUAUGACCGGUCGACAUUCUAUCUUCAGGGAGAUGCCAGCGGAAGAGGAUAUACAGAUUGGCCAGCUGCUGGAGAAUCUGGGUCUGGAUGA